AUGAGCGAAUCUCGCAAUGGUUUGUAUGACCCCGGAACGUACGCCAGUGGAAUAGGCUGUCGAGUUGUAAGAGGGCCAGAUUGGAAAUGGAAUAAGCAGGAUGGAGGUGAAGGACAUGUAGGAUCGGUUCGGAGGUUUGACACUCCUGGAGAAGCAAUAGUCGUGUGGGAUUCCGGCGUGGUUGCCAACUAUCGCUGUGGGACUCUCGGAUUCGACCUUCGCGUGCUGGAUAGUGCACCAACAGGAGUGAAACAUCCCGGAACAAUAUGCGAAGGCUGUCAUGAAUCCCCAAUAUAUGGAAUUCGUUGGAAAUGCGUCGUGUGCCUGAGCACGGAUCUAUGCUCGGCUUGUUACCACAAUGACAAACACACGUUGUCUCACCAAUUCCUUCGAAUCACUGCUCCCUACAAAACUCGAGUAAUUGUUGGCCGUCGGUUGAAACAACGUCGCGUCGAAUCUUUAGGUCUAUUCCCUAAAGCACGUGUUGUUCGUGGCAUAGAUUGGAGCUGGGAUAGUCAGGACUGUGUUUCCCCACUAACAUCAACUGGGAGUGGGUCACUACUCCUUGGCGCCUCCAACUCUUCUGCAAACUGCCGGGGCUUUUUGCGAUCGGUGGGUGACCGGACAUCUGCCGGUCCGAUUCUUUUACCAACUCAGGGCCGGAUAACUGAUCGGAGAGACUGGUACCCAUGGGCGCCAAGGUCUGCUGCCCUGGUAGCAUGGGACAGUGGAGCAUACAACGUGUAUCGUGUUGGCUACGCUGGUCUGAUUGACCUGAAGGCCAUUCGUCCGGCGAAAGGCGGUACGUUUUAUAUAGACCAUCUACCACUUUUGGCUGAUCUAAGAGGAUGUACCAAUGAAGAAUCAGCCACGACCAGAGAAGCGGAAGCAGCGAUUUCUCCGGGAGAAGAAGAUAUAAUCGAUAACUGUCGUGACUCGAGCAGGAAUACUGUGGUUCCCAACUGGACAAAUUUGCAAGAAUUGGAAAUGCGGCGUCGACAGACAACCAGUUUCGCUCAGGACAGCCGGACAUCUCACCGCGUUUCAAACAAUAACGAAGCUAAUGAAGAUGUCACCCGUCACACAGCUUCCAGAGAAGCAACGUCAGAUCGAAUAGUGCCACGGCGAGCAAACCCAGCUCAUGACAACGUACCGACCAACUGCGUCAACGUGUGUACACUGGCAAGCCGGUUACAAAUCCAGCCAUCUUCUACUGAUAGUUGUGGCCAAGGACGCCGCCAAACAGCAGCUGCAACAAGAGAUCGAGAGACAGAUGAUUAUUCUACAACUCGUAAUUCGGCCGCAUCCAGCGGGAGUUUGAGAACCAUAGGCCAGACGGCGAGAAACCUACUGACUGAUCUUCUGCGUUCAGGAUCAAUGUCUGGAUCAGAGAACCGUACAGCGCCAAGUUCAACAGCACAGCCACGUUCCCAGACAAGCUCGAGAGUGAAUGUAGCCAGCCCAUCAUCGGUUCAUACUCAGAACCGGCCGAGUAGACAUGACGGUCAAGCUUCCGGCAAUGCUGUUGUUGUUUCCCGAUCCAACAGGAGAGAACGGGAUAGCUCGGGUUCUGUUAGAGUUCAGCACCAACAAUUUCAGCCUGCGCGGAGACCGACAACCAGGAGCGAUCGUGCACGGGUGAUCACGCUUAUUCCGCGCCCAAUAACCAGUCAAAACGACAAUACUUUGAUCGGAGGAGUGUGCAAUCAUAGUGAUGCUUUGACUUUGACUGAGCAGCACUCAUGCUCCAAUGCCCAAGCUAAUUCCCGUGCCACACACAGUCGCCGCGAGCAGGCUCCGCGUAUGAUUUAUGGUGUAUACAAUCAACUUCACGGCGCCGUUGCUGAUCCAACAGACACGUUAGAAUCGGUGAACGCCAAUACAGAAGCAACUUCUGAGGAUGUAGAUAGAAGAGCCUGUCAACGUUUGCAAUAUCGUCUGUCGACUGGACAGACAAACGAAGAUCUAAUUCGUGCUGCUGCAGAGGGAAACGUUAAACGGUUGAAAUGUCUUCUUCAACAUCGACAUGUCAAUGUGAGUCCACUGCACUAUCAGUUUGAUUACCAGUUUAUU